UUCUAUGAAUAUAAUAUUAAUUAUAAAAAUAACUAUUCUGCACCACAUGUAUCUUGGACAGAAUCAAAACAAAUGAGUUCCAUACUUCGAUCAAGGCUAAUCAUUAAUAAAAGUUUCUGUUAUUAUCGACGACAUUCAUCGAUCCAAAAAGAUGACGAAGUUCGGACUGAUCAUGCAAAAGAAGAUUUAGUGGAUGAUUUGACGGAACCGAUUAAUUGCUGUAUGUCAGGAUGCACGAAUUGUGUAUGGAUUAAAUAUGCAGAAAGAUUGAGUAACAUGAUAGAAAAAUCCAAUAUAGAUUUGCAAAAAGCUAUCUUUGAUAAGGUAAAAGAUCCUAAUAUGAAGGCAUUCCUGGAAAUGGAAUUGAGAUGCCGGAAGCUAAUAAAAUAAAAUUAUAAAUUGUAACAAUGUGGAAAGAAAAUUCAACAAAAAAUUCAACUGCAACAUUUGAAGCCAUUAGUUAAUAAAUUCAUAGCCAAAAGAAUUAUGGUUGCUGUAGAAAAGCUUAUAAUAAAGCCUACGGAGACAGAUUUUGAGAGCCUGCUACUAAUUUUUGAUUGCAAAAAGACAACAAAUUGUACACUAUCAGACAAUAUCAGCAAACUGCUGUAAAAAAUAUAGCAAAGCCUGCUGAUAUAUUAUGCCAGCAAAUUGGUGACAAAAACCGAAUCAGAGUCUGCUGCAUAACCUGACAACAGAUUGCGACUAUUGCGAGCAGAAACUGAGCAGAGCCUGCUAAUAUAAUCUGAUGGCAGAUUGGCAGCAGGAACCGAACAAGUUCUCUCAUUUUCAUAUACGACUCUGCCACGAGACUUCUUGUAAGAAGAAAAUACCUAGGAAUCUUAUAAGAAUUGACAUAUGUAAAUCGAAUAGACAAAUCUUUUAGAGAUUCCCAAGCUCCUUCGGAGUGUGUUCCUGAAAAUCUCCGAAUAUUUUAUUAACUAUUUUAUAACUUCCUCAUGUGUGCAUUUUAAAAUGUGAAGCUAAUCAAUAAUAUUUUAAAACUGUAUUAAUUGUUUUCAGUUUUCACAGCAAUAUAUAUAAAUAUAUAAUUAUGUAUAAUUAUAUGUAACCGUUUAUAUGUUACGUAUGUCCAAAAUUUCUCUGAUAGCAAAGUCUGUGGAAACAGAUUUUGAACAGAGCCUGCUACCAAUUUCUGAUUGCAGAAAGGCAACAAAUUAUGCACAGAGUUUGUACCAGAUAUUGGGCGCAUUCAAGUUGACAAAACGGCUAGCUUACUUGCCGAGCAAAUGAGCAUAAUUGAUUUUAUUUAUAAAUCCAACCAAUCAUAUUCAAUCGCUUGGUAAGCAUGCUUAGCCGCUUUGCCGUCUUGAACUCGCCCAUUGUCAGCAAAUUGCUAUGAAAAAUAUAAUAAAAUCUGCUAACAUGCUAUGCCAGGAAAUUGGUGAUAGAAACCGAACAGAGCCUACUGACAUAACCUGAUGGCAAAUUGGCAGCAAAACCAAGCGACCUGUUAUUUUCAUUUACGGCAUCGCCAUGGACUUGCUUCUCAUAAGAAAAAAUCGCUCUGGAAUCCUAAGAAUUGGCAUAAAUCGAAUAAGUAAACCUAGAGAUUCUCAAGCUCCUUCGGAGUGUGCUUUCUGAAUCUCCGAAUAUUUGUUUGACUAUUUUGUAACUUUCUCAUGUGUAUUUUUGAAAUGUGAAACUAAUCAAUAAUAUUUUAGUAAUAAAAUUGUAUUUCCACAUUUGUUGUUUGUGGUUGUUUCGAGU